GCAGCAACAACAACAACAAAAAGCCCCCUAACAGCAGCGAGAACAGAAAUCCUACCGAUCACUGCGUGUGACUUGUGACUGUACUUUACCGAUUGGCAAAGUGGGUUUCCGAGAUCCCGCUGUUUGCGAUUGCAUUUCAGCCAACGCGGUGUCGUCGGUGUGUCUCUCUCUCUCUCCCACUCUCUCUCCCCCCCUCUCUCUCUCUCUCUCUCUCUCCCUCUCUCUCUCUCUCUCUCUCUCGGCAUUUACCGGCGGCUCUCGUCAAAUCUAUGAGCAGAUCAAAUGUUAGCCGUCGGGCAGAUGGAUUCUAAUCGCCAGAGUGCAUUCGUCCUGAGCAGCACACCGCUGGCCGCGCUGCACAACAUGACCGAAAUGAAGACCUCCAUAUUCCCGUACUCCCUGCAGAACCCCGCGACCUUCAAAGCCCCGUCUCUGGGCAGCCUGAACGGGCAGAUCCCACUGGGGACCCCGCACGGGAUCAGCGACAUCCUGGGCCGCCCCAUCACGGCGGGCAACCUGCUCUCCGGACUCCCUCGGCUCAACGGACUUGCCACCUCGGCGGGGAUGUAUUUUAACCCGACAGCCGCCGCCGCCGCCGCCGCGGCAGCCGCCUCCAGGUACCCCAAACCCCUCGCAGAGCUGCCGGGCAGACCGCCCAUCUUCUGGCCGGGGAUGAUGCAGGGCUCCCCGUGGAGGGACCCCAGGCUCGCCUGUCCAACACAAGGAAGUUUAGUCAUUGAUAAGGACGGAAAGAAGAAACAUUCCAGGCCAACGUUUUCAGGGCAACAGAUCUUUGCUCUGGAAAAAACGUUUGAACAGACCAAAUAUUUAGCGGGUCCGGAGAGAGCUCGUUUAGCCUAUUCUCUUGGAAUGACAGAAAGUCAAGUUAAGGUGUGGUUUCAGAACAGAAGGACCAAAUGGAGGAAGAAACACGCGGCUGAAAUGGCCACAGCCAAGAAAAAGCACGAUUCAGAGACUGAAAAACUGAAGGAAACGUCGGAAAACGAGGAGGACGAGGAUGAAUAUAACAGACCUUUGGACCCAAAUUCAGACGACGAGAAAAUCACACGAUUACUGAAAAAGCACAAAUCCACCAACUCCCUCAGCAUCCUGGACCCACACAGUAACAACCCGGACGUUUUGUGACAAACUUUUUUCUUUAAUAUUAAUAUUAUUAUUAUUAUUAUAAUUAUUAUUCUGAGCUUCAAUGGCUGAAUUAACCAGGGUAUAAACAUUUAAAAAAAAAUAACUCGAUGUUCCACAGAAAUAAGUGAUAUGUGUUGUACAGCCGAAUGUAUGUGAGAUGUAUAUAUUUUUUACAGAAUAAGUUAUGGAAUUAUCUUACAGCUCGAUUAUACAGUAUAAAUAACUUGGGUUGAACCUGACGCAGAAGAGGAAACGUUUCUGAACGAGCAGGUCGUUCGCACUCAGUUUCCACAAUCCAGUUUUUCUUUAGGAUUUUCAGUGUUAUAAACUAAGGAAUAAGAAUCAGAUUUCAUCCUUUUUGUAUAAAUUGCGGAUUAAAACUGUAACUGUUUGUACAUAUUAAGAUGCACGUUUGUGUUGUAAGAUUUUUAAACGUAAAGUGUUUUUUUUGGUGUAUUUGCACUCAGAAAAAAGACUAUUAUUUCCCCUUCCUC